AUGCGCGUCAGCACUCGUAUUUUGCUUAAUUUUUUGGGCCAAAGCGUAUUUAACGGAAUAAACAGUUCCUCAGACAUAACACGGACGCGUGCUGAUGGUGAUCGACUACUCCUGUUUCCUACGUCACCGAGUAAUCGGCAAUCUUCCCUUUAUUUAGAAAAACGCCGGCACGGCACCCUGAUGAGCACAUCCCUUAGCGCGUACUUCCAAGAGGCAAAGAACGAAAUUUACAGUGCCAAUCGCAUCCGAAAGGCGCUUACUCACACGUAUGAAUGGAUAAACGGUCAUGUAUUCAGGAACUUUGAGUCAAAAUUCUUUCGAUUCGUCGGGACAGGCUGCUUUUACAUCUACAACACGUUCAUCUACCUGGUCGUGCCGGUGUACUACAUAUAUCGGACAGAAUGUUCGGACAAAGAACCUUCGCUCCUUUCUGCCAGGCAGGUAAAUUAAAUUUAAUUAUAGCGA